UUGUGAUGGAUAAUUUGUCACGUUGUCAGCAUACAUUUGUUAAUGACAUGGCUGAACAUUCGAGCAUUGACUCGGUAUCGGAACUAACUGGCACGGCCAAGACUAGUUCAAAAAGUGACAAUAUUUUUAGCAUUAUGAAUGACCACAGGCAACUUAUUUCGCCAGGUUAUGAUAACAAUAUUAGUGGGUUUCAAGCAAGCAUUGAAAACAUUAAUGUAGGAGGAGGAGCCAUGAGCAAUGCUCCUGUCACUCACACUCCGGAAGUAGUCACACCGGAUAUCUACAAUAUGCUACUGCAAAAUCAAUUGUAUAUCCAAACUUUGAUGAAAAAUCAGAAUUCAAGAACUGAUACUACACAAAGUUCCACAAAGGUAAAUCCUAGACAAUCGGCAACAAUGGCCGGACCAAGAAAGGUCGUGAAAAAUAAACCCACAAAGGAUGAUUACCAAUCGCAACUGGACAGUUUGUUUGAUAAUGAUAUGAACAAUAACCAAACUAAAAACAUAUCUGCACCGUCUGAAUUAUAUUCAGAUAUUUCUAGUGACGAAAGUUACGAUAGCGAUGAUGAAGCAUGUUCUGAGAAUGAAGUAGAUAAUGAUAUUGAAAAGGCAGAAAAUGAAAAUGUCUUAGAAUCCAUGAAAGACUUCAUUAGUACAGAUGAAAAGACAGGUCCAAAAAUUAAUUCUGGUUUAGCCUCAUACAUGAACCAGGGACUGAGGACACGAGUCAAUGAAGAAAAAUACAAAGAUCUCACAAAGAAAUAUGAUAAGCCUGCUAAUGUGAGCAGUCUAAAAGUCCCACGAGUCAACAUAGUCUGAUAGGGAAGAUAUUGCAAAAGGUGGACCAGGAUCAAGCGGACAUGACAUUAGUGGCACCAUUGUGGAACACUCAGAACUGGUUUCCACAAAUACUUCAUCGGAUUGUGGCACAGUCAUUUAUAAUAAACAGUCGAAAAAAUCUUCUUUAUCAACCCCAGAAUCCAACAAAAGAGCAUCAUUUAGUGAAAUUACGAUUAGCAGUUUUCAGGAUAUCGGGGAAAUCUUGCAAAAUUAUGGAUUAUCAAAAGAAUCUUCCGAAAUCAUCAUUGCAUCUUGGAAACCAGCUACUCGACAACAAUAUUGGACAUAUUUCAAAAGAUGGUUGUUAUUUUGCAGUGAACGAAAAAUUAAUUCAUUUAAAGCCACUGAGUUAAAUGUUUUAGAAUUUUUAACUUCGUUAUAUAAAAUAGGUUUAGGUUACAGUGCUAUUAAUACUGCCAGAAGUAUGUUAUCUUCAUUUAUGUCUGUAAAUCAAGAGAAAACUGUUGGGCAAUGGCCAUUGGUGAAGCGCUUUCUAAAAGGCAUAUUCAAUCUUAAGCCAUCAUUACCCAGAUAUCAAAGAACCUGGGAUGUUGAAGUCGUGCUUAAAUAUUUGAAGACAUUAACACCAGUUUAUAUGUUAUCUUUACGUGUUUUAUCAUAUAAGCUAGUUACACUGCUAUUAUUGUUAACAGGUCAAAGGUUACAAACCAUUCAUAGCUUAGAUUUAGAUGAUAUAACUGUUACAGAUAGUAACAUAUAUAUAGAUGUGAGAAGUUUAUUAAAAUGUUCAAAGCCAGGGAGGCAUUUACAACCAAUAGAGUUGCCAGCUUUUAUUGACGAUAAUAGUCUGUGUAUUGUAACUGUUCUAAAAGAGUAUUUAGUUAGAACAUCAUGUUUUCGGAAAACCUAAAAAUUAAUCUUGAGCUGUAUAAAACCAUAUUCUCAUGUGUCUAAAGACACUCUUGGGCGUUGGGUUAAGAUUGUUUUGCAAACGUCUGGUGUAGACAUAACUAUAUACAAACCACAUAGUACUAGAUCAGCAAGUACAUCUGCAGCACUACGGUGUGCUACUUCAGUAGAUACUAUUUUAAAAGCGGCAGGUUGGUCAAAUGAAUCAACAUUCAGAAAAUUUUAUGAUAAACCUGUAUCUAAACAAAAUUAUAAUGAUAAUUAUAGUGUGAAGGUUUUGAGAAGUCAUAUUUUAUCAAAUUCUGAUAAGUCUCAUGUAUAACAUGAAUAAUGAUAAUACAUAUGUUAGAUUUACAAUCAAUGACAUUUUAAAGUUUAACAUAACAUGUGCAUAUGUCAAUGUAUGUUUGAUUUACUUUACUUUUGUACUUUGAUAGAAUACAAAGUUGAUACAA